AUGAUGGAACCAGAGGAGAACAAUUUCUUGGACCUUCCUGAUUAUGAGGCGGUAGAAGAUGAAGCUUUUCAACCUUUUCCACCUCCAGCCUCUCCAGAAAGGGAUGAUGUUGGAGAAAAUGAGCCCAUCACAGAUAUAAGGAAGGAUCAGAUGGGAGAUUUGCCUGUGGUUAUAAAGAAAACUGUAAAAAGGAAUUUGCCAAAAUUAGAUGCUCAGAGAUUAAUUUCAGAAAGAGGACUUCCAGCAUUAAGACAUGUGUUUGAUAAAGUAAAAUUCAAAGGUAAAGGCCAUGAGCCUGAAGAUUUGAAGACAUUAAUCAGACACAUGGAGCAUUGGUCACACAGGUUAUUUCCUAAACUACAAUUUGAGGAUUUUAUUGGUAGAGUAGAACAUUUGGGAAAUAAGAAAGAAGUUCAGACCUGUUUAAAACGAAUUCGACUUGAUCUUCCUAUUAUACAUGAGGAUUUUAUUAGUAAUGAUGGUGAUAAGGCAGAAGGUACCGGACUAGAUGCAAGUACCACAGACUUCGAUUCCUUGUUUGCAAAUCCAGUUGAUAGAGAAAUAUUUGCUUCUCAGUCAAACAUAAGUUUAACAGAGGAACAACAGCAAAGAAUUGAGAAGAACAAACAACUAGCUUUGGAAAGGAGACAGGCAAAACUGUUAAAUAGCAGUCAGUCCCAAGAAAAUGAUUUUUCAGUCAUCGUGCCCAGGACACAGGCAUCUGAAAAGGAUAGUACAAAUGAAGCUCAAGAAGAGAACUUACGUGAAUUAAAUGAAGAAAAUCUAGAAAUCUCAGACAGUGCUGCCAGUACUUCAAAUAGAGAUGAUGACUUACAAAACUCAGGAGUAGAUGAAGCCAUUUAA